AUGACAGCGUCCGAGAAAGAUGUCACGCCAAAUGAUGAUGAGGUCCACAGCACGGCCUCGUACAUCUCGCGCACUGGGCCGCACAAAGUGAGCUUUUAUCGAUCAACCUUUUUCAAUGCCUUUAUUCUCGGGCUGUGCAAUUUCCUUGCCCCCGGAAUCUGGGGUGCGAUGAACUCCUUGGGCGGAGGAGGUGAAGAAAAGCCCUAUCUGGUCAACGCCGCCAACGCUCUAACUUUCGGGCUUAUGGUCGUAUCCUGUUUCCUGAGCAGUGUCAUUGUGCGAUUCAUUGGGAUUAAAUGGACACUUAUUAUUGGAACAAUGGGAUACGCACCCUACGCAGCAGGGCUGUAUGUGAACAACCGAUUCGGGAACGAAUGGCUUGUUCUCCUGGGUGCGGCGCUUUGUGGAAUUUCCGCAGGUAUAUUCUGGAUGGCAGAAGCUGCCAUUGCUCUUUCGUACCCUGAGCCGUAUAAUCAGGGUCGUUUCCUGGGAUUCUGGCUUGGAUUCCGCGUUGGAGGACAGAUCCUCGGAGGCGCUAUCAACCUCGGUAUCAAUGCCGAACGAUCCACGUCAGGGUCGGUGUCGUACACCGUCUAUAUCAUCUUCAUUGCUCUGCAGGCGCUUGGGCCUUUCGCGGGUCUGCUACUGAGUAGCCCAUCCAAGGUCCAGCGUAAGGAUGGAAUUCCUGUCCGACUGGAAGUGACGAAUAGCAUUGGCUACGAGUUGAAAGCCACGGCGAAGCUUUGGAUCAGCCGCAAGUUCCUACUCAUUAUUCCGUUCAUCUGCCAAGCUGUUUACACCGAGGCUGUCAUGUUCUCAUAUGAAGGGUUGUGGUUUUCCGUGCGUGCAAGAGCGCUCGGGUCAUUCCUUUCUGGUGUAAUUGCCUUGAUCAUCGGAAAUGUUCUCGGGGCUUUCCUUGACUCGAAGCGGAUAUCCCUGGAGAAGAGAGCCCGUUAUGCGUUCUUCUUUGUUGUUGCAUGGCAAGGUAUGUGCUGGAUCUGGGCGACAGUGGUGACAACGAAGUUCCACAAGACGAACCCGGCAUACGACUGGUCCUCUCCAGGCUUCGGAAGGGCUUUUGUCCUCUUCUUGUUCUGGGUUGCUGGCUUCCAGCUGAAUUAUAUGUACCUGUUCUUUUUGGUGGGCAAUCUCGCGGAGGAUCAGGAAGAGGUCGUACGAAUCGCGGGCUUGUUGCGUGGAACCGAAUCAGCUGCUCAGUGCGUCAGCUAUGGUCUGAGCAGUGUCAACAUCAUGGCGGCUGUGGGGAGCAUUUACCUGAACUUUGGGCUGUGGGCCAUCGCGAUCCUGCCUGCUUGGCUGGUUGUCAAGCAGAUUGGUGGCGUGUUUGGAGACAAAAAGAUUGAAAGAGAAUCCCGGGGCCUUCGCGAGGCCUCAGAUCACGAGUGA